AUGCUGCCAUCAACAGUUGUUGUUGAGGAAACUCAACACAGCAGAUGUCAGCCAAUUCGGGAUGAUGUCGAAAAGUUUGGUCGCGCACAUGCUCGGAAGCUUUAUACCAACCCAGUCAAGUCCAAGAUUGGAGACAUGCAAAGUAACGGCGCAUCCGAUGCGAUUAGUGGCAAGGAGAGCAAGCCCAGGAUUAAUUUCGGCGAACACAGAAAAGGUGUCCUGACUGCUUUCGACAUUCGCAACAAUGAGAUCCUCAACCCAGAUGAGCCAGUUCUUUUUGGCAACCCAGGCUCAAUCUCGGCGAACACAGGAAAGAUAUCCUGA